CACUACUUGUAAUUAGAUAAAUAUUUUUUAACCAGAUAUUCUGUUACUGAUAUUAAUUCCUUUCACGCAAUGAUAUAAGAGAGUUUCGAAGUUACACAAUGUUUGCUAAACUGGUAGUGUUUACUUUCUCCAUAGUUGUUGUACUAACUUCGGAAUGCCCUCAAAAACCUUCAGAACCUCAACUCAAUGGAAUAUAUUUGGAAGGCUACUGGUAUGAGUUUUUUCAAAUCAACGAUGAACUAAACAACAAUUCUUGUUCACAUUUUCAAAUCACCUGCGACAAUUCGUCAGUUUGUGCAGUAGCUCACGUUGUUUGGGAAUCUUAUAUAUUGCGUACUAUCUAUGAUGCCAUAAUACAACAAGAAAACGAUACAGUUACGUUAAAGACUAAAGAUAAUUCUGGUGAUAAGGAAUUAAACAUAACCAAUAUAAAUCUUAGAUAUGGAGAUGAUCAAGUGUUACUGUGGAGUUGCGAAGAAGAUAAACUAAGUUUUGCUUCGCUAUUAAUUAGAAUGGAAACGAAUUUAGACAUGCAAUUAGUUUGGGAAUCGGCCGAGAGCAAUAACAAUUUUCCGAGCAUUGUUGAAGACUUUCCUGCGGGUAAAUGGAAGAAAAUCAACACCUCGGAGUGUACUAGUUCUAGUGCUCUUACUUUAAGUAAUUCGAAUAUUAUAGUUGUAAUUAUUUUAAUUUUACAAUAUUUUGUGGUAGUAUAGGUAAUUAUUUACAUUUUACAUUAUAUUCAUAUUACAUAUGUGCAUAGAAUUAAAAAAAAAAGUUUUAAUAUAUAAUUAUUGUGUUCAAUAUUAUAACAGUAAUGAUUCUAAUUUUACGAUAUAUUAAUAGUUAUUUAUUAUGUGUUGUAGGGAGCAUUGUAUCCAAGCAAGAAUGUUUAAACGCGAGAAUGUAGUGCGAGCGUUUAAUUUUCUUAAGUUGGUAAAAUGCAACUAAAACACGAAUGUAAUUUAACAUUUUAUCCAGACACAUGUAUAUUUUUAGUUAAAAUUACAAAAAUUUGAUUAGGAAAAAUUAUCAGCAGCAAUUUUUGAAUUUUCUAUUAAUAGAAAUGUGAAUGCUAAUGUAAAUAAAUUAAAUAAAAAUGUCGUAUUUU